GCUUUUUAUUUCAAACUAACUUCCCGUAGAAAGACGCUCCACCAUGGCUGACUCAUCGCCGCUCCCCGAGCUAUCGCAGGACAGCGUGGACGACGUGUUGGAGCUGAACAAGGACUUGGAGAGAAUUAUAGAAGCCGUUGAAAACAUAUCAGUGCAGCUGACUUGGAUGGCCUAUGACAUGGUGGCCCUGCGGACCAGUCCCGAGCUGGGGACCUCCAUGCUGAAGCUGAAAGAAGCCUAUCAUAAGUGCCGCAGUAUUAUCUGCGGAGACCGAGACCAGGAGCCAGAGAUGGACAUAUAAACUGAUCCUCCUGCCUCAACAUGUAUUCAGAUGCUCUCUGACUCAUAACGAUGUUACAUUCAGUAAUGUACAGACUUAGUUGAUGUUACCAAGUUCUUCAGUUUGUGUUAGA